AAUUAUACAAUUCUGUCUGAUGAAUUUUAUAAAUGGACAAAUAAAAGUUGAUGACAGAGAAAUCGAUACAAAGAAACCCAUUGCAAAAAAUUUAAGUGACUUAUUUCAUGCUAUAAAGCGAAAACCUCAUGCACUAUUUUACCGCACUGAGAAUAAUAAAAUCCAAGUCAAGAUACAAAGCUUGUGAUAUUAAUUGCUGUUGUGACAAUGAUUGCUCGGAUCAAGAUAAAAGUGUCUUAAAACAUUGUGAAGAUAGUGAGCAAGAGUGCGAGAUUCCUAACAUAGAUUAUUUACACAUGUGUUCAUCUCAAUUGACUUGCAACAAACAGUUACAGAGCGAUGUAUUUGGAUACCUUUUCUGUAUUGGAAAAGCUAACUUGCCGGAAAAAGGGAAGCCAUCUAAAACGACGUUAUAUAGUUUGGAUCCCAACAACCGCUUAAAAUGGCACGUCACAAAGAAAAAGAGCAAAAAUAUUAAGUUUACGAAAAAUCUUUACUCUAUCGGCCAACCGAUAUGGAUGGUGACAAAUGACAGUAUUGAUUCUUUAGAACUCCCAAUAACCGUAACGAAUGAAUACUGCAAUGGUUACAAGGCAAUAGAAUUUCUAAGAAAUGAUUACGUAAAAUGUUACGUAAAAUUAAAGGAUCUACACAUGUUAGACGUUAUCAAGAGUUUUGUGAGGGCAAAAGUUGUGAGCCCGAUAGAAAUCACACUGAAUAGUACAAAAAUGGAUUGUACAACACUGCACUGCAUAAACUUGACAUUACUUUCAUGUGACGAACAUAAAUGUAUUAAAUAUAACAAAGAAUUGCACGAACCCAGAUGUUCAGAGAGCCAUUGCAAUAACAUUGCUGUCAGAAUUGAAUAUGAAUUCUAUUGCAAUGUUUCACUAAUAAAAAGAGUAAUUGUUAAAUUCCACGUUCGCACAAUCUCCAUGGCCCAAGAGUUUGUUCUUCAGGAAAUUGCAGUAAACUUUUAUUUGGGAAACUACUCCAUAGAAAACAUUGUCAAAUUCAGUGGAAAUCCUGGAUAUAUCAGAGGCCUACCUAUCAUCAUAUCAUUAUCUGAAAGCAAUCAUACGGCAAAGUUUUUCAACAGCAGUGUUGCAAGAAGUAAUUAUCUUUUAAUGCCCUACAACAGAGAUGGUCGAUGUGUGGUCACAAAUUUAACACACAACAUUGUAAUGUUUGGUCAUAAUAAACGAUUAAAAUGUCGGGCAUAUUUUAGACAAAACUUUACUACAUACAACGGAACAGAAAUAUGCCAGAAAAUUCAGGCCAGAAUUGAUGAAUUGUACGGACUCCGAUCAAAUAUAUUGAUUGCUCCAUAUGGAAACCCACAAGAUGUGGCUGAUAAAAACUGGGUCAGACUGGAAACAUUUAAUAAAAGCAACAUUUAUGGAGAAUAUCAUCCUAAGGAUUCUAAAUUGCUUUGCUACAACCUAAUAACAAGGAUUGCCUUUAUAAUAGCCUUUGCGGACACAAAUGAUGCUAAUAAAGAAGUAAAUAAAAUAAUAAGUGCCAGAGUCGACAGCACAACAAUGAAUAAGACAUUCAGUAUCGAUGAUUUGUCAACUGUUAUAACGAUUGAUGCGAAUUUUAUCGACGUGAGUAAACCAACUUUUCACGAGUACAUUGGAAUACACUUUGAUUUUAAAUUACCUAAGGAUUUCUUUUUCCCACUAGCAUCUAAUAAAUGUCAAAUAAUCUAUCGUAACAUAACGCACCUAGAAGCUAAUAGUAAAUUAUUCUGA